UUUCAUUUCUCUACUAGCUCACCGGAUGACCAGCAUAACUGGCUGAAUCCUCAGGACUUAGACUCUGGCCUGUGUUUGCUCCUCUCCACAGAUUCGGGGUCUCUUGGUAUCUGAAGGUGUGAGUCAAUUUUUGACUGCUGAGUUUGGAGGAAUGUGGAAGAAAACACAGUCUUUGCUCUGGCAACCUUGCAGAACUGUGAGAAAUCAGGACAGACAGACACAGGAUCACAGCAGUAUGGCCUCAUCAGUCCUGGAGAUAUUAAAGGAGGAAGUAACAUGUCCGAUCUGUCUGAAGCUCCUGAAGGAACCCGUGAGUGCAGAUUGCAACCACAGCUUCUGCCGAGCUUGCAUCACACUCAACUAUGAGUCCAAGAGAAACACAGAAGGGGAGGCCAACUGCCCUGUGUGCCGAGUUCCUUACUCCUUUGAGAAUCUGAGGCCUAAUCGACAUGUGGACAACAUAGUAGAGAGGCUCAAGGAGUUCAAGUUCAGUCCAGAGGAAGAGCAAAACGGGAAUGUCUGUGCAAAACACGGAGAGAAGCUCCAGCUCUUCUGUAGGAAGGACAUGAUGGCCAUCUGCUGGCUUUGUGAGCGAUCUCAAGAGCACCGUGGUCACCAAACAGCUCUCAUUGAAGAGGUCGGCCAAGAAUACAAGGAGAAGCUGCAAGCAGCUCUGCAGAAGCUGAUGGAAAAUGAGAAAAAGUGUGAUGAAUGGCAGGAUGACCUUCAACAGCAGAGAACUGACUGGGAGAACCAAAUACAGAGCGAUGUAGAAAAUGUUCAGAUUGAGUUUAAAAGACUAAGAGAAAUCGUGGACUCAAAGGAGAAUAAGGAGCUGCAGAAGCUGAAGAAAGAGAAGGAAGAUGUAAUGAAAAGGCUGGACGAGUCUGAAAAAGAGCUAGGGGAGCAGAGGGAGUUGGUGAGAGCCCUCAUCUCAGAUGUGGAACAUCAGUUGGAGCUCUCAACCAUGGAAAUGCUUCAGGGUGUAACUUCUGUCCUGACAAGGAGUCAGACCUUGAUACUGACACAGCCACAAGCAGUCCCCCAAAAAAGAAGAAGAAUGUUCCAAGCUCCAGAUUUGAAAGGCAUGCUGCAAGCGAAUCAAGGGCUCAUGGAUGUCCAACGAUACUGGGUUCAUAUUACUCUACAUGCAAAAAAACAUCCAGCCAUUACCAUUAACAAAGAAAAAGGACAAAUAAAAUUUAGCAGUUACAUGAGUUGGAACCUUGAAGUUUCUGAGACCUAUGAUUUGGGUGUCCUGGGAUAUCCAGCUAUCUCCUCAGGGAAGCAUUACUGGGAAGUAGACGUGUCUAAAAGUGCUGCCUGGCUCCUCGGAUUAAAUGAUGGAAAACGUGCUCAUUCAAGGGAUGAAAUGGGCUUCUUAACAAAAUAUCCUUUUAAUGUUAAACAAAAUGUAAUGUAUCAGCCUAAAUGUGGCUACUGGAUUAUAGGGAUGAAGAAGGGGUCUGUAUACAAUGCCUUUGAUGAGUGUUCUAUCACCCACAAUCCCAGUGUCCUGGCCCUCUCUCUGCCUAGUCCUCCCAGUCGUGUUGGAGUUUUCCUGGACCGGGAAGCUUGCACUCUCUCAUUUUAUGAUGUUUCUCACUAUGGAGCUCUCAUCUAUAGGUUCUAUGACCCUGCCUUCCCUGGUAAAGUCUACCCAUAUUUUAAUCCUAAGGAUUGUCCAGAGCCAAUGACAGUAUGCGGGCCACCCUCUUAAACCCUCACAUAUACAGUACAGUGCCACCAUGUCUAGUGUAUCUCAUGUGCCAGAGCUCCCCUGCAUCUUUCUAACUUUUUUAUCUUUGGCCCUUUAUUUUUAUGACAUUCACUUUUAACUAUAAACAGGUGUGGACUCAUUACCUUGAUCCAGUUGCUUUUCUAUUCACAAGAUGAUUAAGGUCAUUCACCCUUUCCCAUAUUCCCAAAGAAAAUGGCUGCUUCUUCACUAAGUGAGAGAGCCUCUGCUAACAUCAUCUCUGUAGGAACACAGUCAAAAGAAUAGCUCACAGCAAACAAUGUCCCAGGAACCUGUAAGAGAGGUCCCAGAAAAAAAGAAAGAGGGCCUUUUACCUCAAGGACAUUUUAUUCUCUGGGUUUCUUUGGAAGUGAUUUUGUGC